AUUAUAUAAUAUAGGAGCGGUGAAACAACUUAAGGGUGUAUACUUUUGCUUCAAUUUCAAAUUUUCAAAUAGAACGAACUCUAAGGAAAUAUAUUAUGUAAUUUACCACACACACACACAACGAAAUUGUACAUAAAAACAUUUGAAAACAUUAUUUUAUUAUGACUUUAUUUAAAUAUAAAAUAAAGAUAUUUAAUAUUUUAAUCUUAAUUAAUACCUAUUUAUGAUUUCUAAAGGUUGAAGGCGAGUAAAGGAGAAACGAAGGAGGACGAGUUUUUACUGGAUUAAUGAUCUCAACGUUACUUUCAGUGCUUGGGGAAGCGGACAACCUGCAGCUGGAGAUUGUACUUAUAUGUCAUUCGAGAUUUUCAACACCGAAAAACUUUGGUCAACAGUAGAUUGUUUUGAUGACUUAGUCGAUUUUUUUAUCUGCGAGAAACCAUUUAUUGAAGAUGGGUUUCAAACAAAAACUGGUAUCAUGGAAAAUGAAUGUACAAGUAUAUAUAGGAAAGAAGACUUCAUCGCUUCACCAUACUCUGGUAAAACUUGUAAAAGUUGGGGAAACCUGUCCGGCGAAGCUAAAGUUGAUUUUGACAAGAAGUUUGCUUCUUUGAGAACUUCUUUAAACGAUUCGACUCUGUGUAUAGAUUUAUCUUCAAAUGGUAUUCCUUGGUGUUAUGUUAAUGACCCGGGCAGAUCUUUGCGGGAGCCAUGCUUUUUGAAUGACACAAGUAACAUCAUUUUGCCCGAAAAGGGACUGUCUGUCAUGAAGUGCUCCGAUGGAUUGUCAAUACUGAAAAUAAACUGGUGUGACAGGAAUUUUGACUGCAUAGACUAUAAGGAUGAAUUGUUUUGCCAGAAUGAUAUUAUAGAUCACAGUCUAACGAAUACUGGCACAACAAUGAUUAACACUCAUUUACCUGACCGACUCAAACACGAGGCGUUUUUCCGCUGUGAAAAAAGCAAGGAGUGGAUAUCUACGUUAGCUAAAUGUGAUGACGUCAUCGAUUGUCUUGAUGCCUCGGACGAAGUCACGUGUUUUCAAAGCAAAAGUGCAUGUGGUAAAUAUCAAUUUUCAUGUGAUGGUGGACAUUGUUUAAACCAGUAUCAAGUAUGCGACUUCAUAAUAGAUUGUAAGGACGGUACGGAUGAAUCAUGCGAUUUCCGCAUGUGCGAUAUCAAUGAAUUUCGUUGUACAAAUGGACAAUGUAUUCCAGUGGACAAUCGAUGUAACGCUGUAUAUGACUGUUUUGAUAAUAGCGAUGAAAUAAAUUGUGACUCUUGCCAAAAUUCAUUUCAUUGUGUUGAUGAUUACAAAUGUAUCCCUUAUCGACUGACAUGUGAUAUUUACCCAGACUGUAGCGAUAAAAGUGAUGAACAGAAUUGCGUAGUCAUAAUUCCAACGACCGAUGUCUUCAAUAUUGAAUACCUACCAGGGAAACUCUCUGACCAGUCUUGUACAUGGGAUUUCGAUCAGAAAGGAAAAGAAUCUGGCAGGAUAACGUAUUCUAGACAGUGUUUAUUUCAAUUGGAUUCAGCUUAUUUUUUUGAUGGUUUUAAUGAGAGAUAUUCUUGUUUUGUAAAGGUACGAAACGAUUGCAAGUUCAGAUUUCGUGAAGCAGCUCUUAUUGACAAUAACAAUAGUGAUUUCGCAUUUCCGUCCUGUCAUUGCACAAUAGGAACAUUCCGCAAAGGAAAACCUUUUAAAAAAAAUGAUUACAAUUAUCAUGAGCUGGAUAUUGAUUCGGUAACCGGAUGCGAUGGGAGUGAAAUCGCAGAACUACUUGUUCCUGAUGAAAGUUAUGUUUAUAAUAAUAUACAGAGCACUAGUGAUUUAGCGACGUUUAUUUGGCCAAAGGUUUUUUCAGACACGGACAUUACAGUUGGGCUUCCUUAUUGCACUUACGAUUACAACGCAAGCGUGUUUGGUGAUUGGUUUAAAUGUGAAAGAGAUAACAAAAUCAUACCAGAGUCGAUGGUCUGUAUUUAUUCCGUUGGUGCAAACGGUUACAUGACUGGAUGUAGAUCUGGUGACCAUUUACAAAAUUGUGAAAAAUUCCUUUGCCCUGAAAAUACAGUCAAAUGUCCAGGCAGUUACUGCAUUGAACAGGGAUUUCUCUGUGAUGGACAUAUUGAAUGUCCUGGGGGAGAAGACGAACAAGAUUGUACCUGUCAAGAUUCGGAUAGAGAAGUUAUCUUAUUUGUGGAAGAUGGAGACCCUGAAAGCGGAGAAACAGCAGUUCAUUUAGCUAAACAAUUUUUUACAAACGUUAAGGAUAGUCUUGUGAGAUUAUUUUUUUUUAGGAGUCUGAAUAUAUCAGUGGAUUUUGACAUUACAUUUAGGUUGUUGGAAAUACGAGAAGAACGUGUAAAUCAAUUACAAAAAAAUGAAUGCAAGUAUACAACAAUGGCAAGAGAUUUUCUUAAAAGGCUGCGCUUUACCAAAUCAGAAAAAAGAGGUAUUAUUGUGCUUGAGAAUAGUAAUGAAUCAGCAGUUGUUUCCAGCUUAGCAUUGUCCAAUCUCUCACAGCCAGAGUUUUUAGUAUAUCGGGUGAUUAAAGAUUUCAGUUCUUCCCUUUACGAGGAUGAUAAAUACAAAUUUGUAAAAGAUAUUCAUAUCAGUAAAUGGAAGUCUCUGUAUUGGACAGGAUUCAGAAGAUUUCCAGAAAUAUGUACAGAGGCUGCAUACGUUCCAUGUGCUGGGAAGUUCAGAUGUUCUUCUAGUAAACAAUGUAUACCAUUUGAGCACGUGUGUGACAAUGUGGUGCAUUGUAAAAAUGGUGACGAUGAAAGGCUGUGUAACUCGGUGUGUCCCCAGAAAUGUAAAUGUGUUGGUGAUGUUAUUAAUUGUAGGGCGGCCAACAUUUAUAUGUCCGAUUUAUCAUCACUGACAAAAUAUGUCAGAAGUCUUGAUCUAAGUAAAAACCCAACAAUUAAAGACAUACACGAAAACCAUUUAAAUUUUCAUUACAUGUUACGUUUAAAUAUUUCGUCGUGUGACAUUCAUCAUAUUGACAACAAAACUUUCUUUUACUUAAAAAAAUUGGUGGUGUUAGAUCUUAGUAACAAUAGAAUACAGCAGUUACCAGUUGUGUUUAGCGAGCUCCGUUAUCUCAACAUUUCAUCGUGUGACAUUCGUCAUAUUGAUAAAAAGAAUUUCGUAAAUUUACAAUAUCUGUUUUCGUUGGAUCUUAGUGGCAACAAAAUACAACUCUUACCUGAUAUGGUCUUUGGCAUGCUCCGUUAUCUUACCCACUUGAAUCUUGAUCGGAACUUCGAAUUGACAGAAAUUUCUCCGACAGCUUUUACAGGUCUAAUAGCAUUAAGAAACAUAAAAAUAACAGGCACAAAAUUGAAAAAGAUAAGCUCGUUUACAUUUUCUGACUUACAUUUAGACAGUAUAGAUAUUUCUUACAACAAAAUUGAGGAGAUUGAAAAUGAUGCCUUCAAGAAUUCCAAAGUCAGUAAAAUUAAUUUUGAAGGAAAUAAUGUGUUAAAGUUUGAAAAACUAAUGUUCAACGGUGUAACGUCCCUUCAAAAGCUUCAUACACCUGCAUUUAAAUUCUGUUGUAUCCGCCCUUGCUAUGUGUCUGAAGAAGAGUGCACACCUUUAAGGAAUGAGUUUUCUUCAUGUGAAGACCUGAUAAGAAACUCAGUACUUCAAGCAGUUCUUUGGAUAGUUGGAAUAGCUUCAUUAUGCGGAAAUCUAUCUUCAAUCAUCUACCGUCUUGUCUUUGAUCGCGAAAGGCUAAAGAUAGGUUAUGGCAUAUUUGUCACUAACCUUGCAGUUGCAGAUUUCCUGAUGGGUGUGUACCUGAUAAUGAUAGCAGUUGCUGAUUCAUACUAUAGAAACAGAUACACUUCUGUGGAUGAUUAUUGGAGAAACAGUAAUUGGUGUGUUACCGCAGGGAUUCUGUCUACAGUUUCGUCUGAAGCCAGCGUUUUCUUUCUUUGUUUCAUAACCUUAGACAGACUAUUAGUGAUCAAGUUUCCAUUUGGCACAGUGAGGUUUAGACCUACGAAGGCUUAUAUUUGCUGCGGAAUAUGCUGGUUUAUUUCCAUAACACUGUCAAUCAUUCCAAUUCUUUACACAAGUCACUUCAAAAACCAAUUUUACUCUAAAACAGGGGUAUGCAUUGCACUGCCUUUGACGCGAGAUAAACCUCCGGGAUGGAUGUAUUCCGUGUCAAUUUUCGUUGGUUUAAAUUUCUGCACUUUUAUUCUAGUCGCUGUAGGACAGUUAGCUAUAUUCAAAGAACUUCGACGGGCAUCAGUUAUGAAGAAAACACAGCAAUCAAGAAAACGUGAUUUGAAAGUUGCUAGGAAUCUUAUUCUUGUUGCAACAACUGAUUUUCUAUGUUGGUUUCCGAUAGGGGUGAUGGGUAUCUUGUCAUUAAUUGGAUUUGCAAUUCCGAGCGAUGUAUAUGCAUGGACAGCCAUUUUUGUAUUACCAAUUAACUCUGCCCUCAACCCAUUUCUGUAUACGCUGUCGGCAAUACUCGGAAAGAAGAGUUUUAAUCCAAGCAUUGAUGAGCAGAGUCGAACAAUGGUCCAGAAAGAAAUUGGCAGCGCCAUUUUAAGAUAUCAGAAAUUUAGCAGAUCUGUCCGCAUGAAACAAGAAGUUGUGCCAGUAGGAACAAUGCGAUGUAUCCAAGGCAUACUCAAUGACGAUAGAUGUUUGUCAGUCAGUAUUGUUGCAGCAGUAUCCAAACAACUUGCCGAAUAUCUUUCUCUAUUACAAGAGUCUUUCAUUGUCAUAGACGAGAUAUGUGAGACGAAUGUUUACAUAACAAAGGCUAAAUAUCCAAUUGUUGUAAUAGAUGCAAAAUCUACGAUAGCUGCCGAUGAAAGAGCUAUACAGGAAAAUAUGUUCCAAUAUGGAAAACUUCUUCGAAAACUUGUUUCAAAAUGUGAUAAGAAUUUGAAGAUGUGAUGUGAAAAGAAACGCAAAACAGUGGUGUUUACUAUUUGUGACUUAGUUUAGUGACACAUCUUUUACUCGUAUUUAAGUGUGAGCUAGAUUUACUACAGCGGGCAAACUGAAGAGUGUGUCUGUUUAGUUGUGUAAGAAUUGGUGAAGUCAUGUUUUGUCUAUUCAGUUUACAUAUAUGUUCAAUAAAUUUUCUCGUCGUCGUUUAUAUUUCAUGCAGUGACAAAUAGUUGCUUAAAUUUAACGGGAUUUUUGUUGUUGUUGUUUUUUUUUUUGUUGUUGAUGGUGGUGGUUGAUAUUAGCUUGUGUAAUUAAUUUUCUAUAUUAAUUAUUCUUAAUAAAUGUCUUGACUUUGACCAUGUUUUUUAUCAAUUUUUAGAAAAUGUUUUAAUUGACAACCAGAUAACCCGUUAUCUAUAAUACUUUAGUAUUAAGUCAUCUUUUAUUUUGAGCGUAUUCAUUAUGAUGUUUUCUUUAAAUGUAUCAUGUUGUUAUCAUCUAUUUUAAUUAAGAUAUUUCAAUCACAUAUAUUCAAUCAUUAAUCUAUUUCUAUUUUCUCGAAGUCGUUAAAAUUUCAUACAGUGACAAAUCGUUGCUUAUAUUUAACGUUUGUUGUUGUUGUUUUUCAUUAUUGUUGUUUGUUUGUUGUUUUUGUGUCGUUGAUGGUUGAUAUUAACUUGUAUAAUGAUAUUCUUUUUCUUAUCAAUUAUUUAUAUAAUAUUUCAUCUUAUAAAUGUCUUUAGUUUGACCAUGUUUUUUUAUCAAUUUUUAGUAACUGUUAUAAAAAUAUUAUUGUCAUUGACGACCAGAUAACCCGUUAUCUAUAAUUCUUGAUACAUUUUGUAUUUUAAUUGUAUUCAUUAUGAUGUUUUCUGGUUUCUUUAAAUGUAUCAUGUUGUCAACAUUUUUUUUAAUUAAGAUAUUUCAAUCACAUACAUUCAAUUAUUAAUCUAUUUCUAUUUUCUCGAAGUCGUUAAAAUUUCAUAUAGUGACAAAUCGUUGCUUAUAUUUAAGGUUUGCUGUUGUUGUUUUCCAUUAUUGUUGUUUGUUUGUUGUUUUUGUGUCGUUGAUGGUUGAUAUUAACUUGUAUAAUGAUAUUCUUUUUCUUAUCAAUUAUUUAUAUAAUAUUUAAUCUUAUAAAUGUCUUGACUUUGACCAUGUUUUUAUCAAUUUUUAGUAACUGUUUUAAUAAUAUUAUUGCCAUUGACGACCAGAUAACCCGUUAUCUAUAAUACUUGACUCUUUUUUAUUUUAAUUGUAUUCGUUAUAAUGUUUCUUUUGUAACUUAAAAAUGUUGUUAAUAUUAAUUUUAAUUAACAUAUUUCAAUCACUUUAAUUAAAUCAUUGAUCAAUUUCUAUGACCUGUUGUAAUCAGUGUUGUUUUAGUAAUUGUUUAGUGAUAUUUUGUGAAGGAAGAGUUAACCUAGUGGGUAAUUUGUGCGCUUCUCAGUCAUUGUGUAUCAUGGAAUCGAGCCCUGAUCAGAAACAUGCAUAAUAAUUUGGCAUUUAUAUUGAUUAUUUCAAAAAACGAACUUGAAAGGGAUGAUUAAAAAUUAAUUGAAGCUGUUGUGACAGUUAAGUUUAAUAAAUAACUAUGUUUAAAAAAAUAUAACGUGAAAUUUUGUCAUAGAUGUUGUAAAAAAUAAUCUUUGUAAAGAUUAUCAAAGAAACACUUCCUAUACAGGUGGUCAGAGAAACAUUAUACGUAAUUAUGAUGUUAGUAAUUGCUAGAAAGACAGUUAACCAACAUUAAAUUGCAGUUUUCUUUUCUUAAAAUGUUUUCAAUUUUGUGUAAUUUGAAUUUAUAUAAAUUUGAUCUUUUAUUUGUAUUGGUAAUAAUGCUGUUGUUGUUGUUGUUGUUGUUGUUGAUAUUGUUGUUUGUUUGUAAUAAUUCCAUAGAUAUUUGAUAUUACUUUAAUAGUAAUUUGUCAUUUAUGUUCUGUUGUUCUUUUUAAGCUCACCUGGCCACGAAGUGAUCAAGGUGAGGUAAAGUGAUGGGGCUAUGUCCGGCAUCCGUCGUCGUGCGUCGUGCGUAGUGCGUCUUGCGGUGUUCGUCGUCAACUAUUUGGUUGUUAUCAAUUUAGCAGUUUUGAUUGAAUUAUCAUCAAACUUUGUCAGAAAUGUUUGUCUCAAAGAAAUACAAGUCAAUUUCGAAGAUGGGUCAUCUCUGGUCAAAAACUAUGUGACAGGAGCUAAAAUUAGAUAAAGCUUGUUAAUACUUUAAUGGCUGCAGUUUUGAUCAAAAGUUCCUGGAAAUCGAUCAGAUAGGUUGUUUUAGUAAUUCUAGGACAAGUUCGAAUAUGUGUCAUCUCCGAUCAAAAACUAGGUCACAGGAGCUUUAAAAAAUGAAAAUCUUGUGAACACUCUAGUGGCUGCAGUUUUGAUCCAAAUAUUCUAGAAAUUUGUCAGGAAUGUUGUUUUGAUGAUUUCUAGGUCAAGCUAGGAGAUGGAUCUUCUCGGUUUAAAAACAAGAUCACAGGAGCUAAAAAUAGAAAAAGCUUGUUAACACUAGUGGCUGCAGUUAUGAUCCAAAUUUACUGGAAAUCGGUCCGGAAGGUUGAGGUCCAUGAGGUUUAAUAUGGGUCAUCUCCGGUCAAAAACUAGGUCACAAGUUCUAAAAAAAAGAAAAAGCUUGUAAACACUAUAGUGGCUGCAGUUUUUAUCCAAAUAAUUUGGAAAUUUGUCAGUAGGUUGUUUUGAUGAUUUCUAUAUUUAAAUAUACGUUGUCUCCGGUCAAAAUCUAUGUCGCAGGGGCUUGAAAUAGAAAACUCUUGUUAACACUCUAUUGGCUGCAGUUUUGAUCAAAAUAUAUUGGAAAUUGAUUAGGAGGGUAGUUUUGAUGAUUUCUAGGUCAAGUUUGAUUUUGGAUUACAUGGAGUCAAAAACAAUGUCACAUUGCCCAAAUAUGGAAAAACCUUGUUAAUACUCUAAUGGUAACCUUCUAACUCAAUUGUCACCAAACUUAUUCAGGAUGCUUGUCUAGUUAAUUGCUUGGAGGAGUUCAAAUAUGGAAAUAUGGGUAUCUCUGAUGAACAAAUAGGUCACAGGAGCUAAAAUAGACAAUCAUUUUAACACUCUAGUCGCUACUGUUGUUAUCCAAAUAUCCUGGAAAUUGGUCUGCUAGUUUGUUUUAAUGAUUUCUAGGAGGUCAAGUCCAAUAUGGGUCAUCUGGGGUCAAAGCUAGGUCACACUGCCUAAAUAUGGAAAACCUUGUUAACACAUUAGAGGUCACAUUUUUGACUCAAUUGUCAUCAAACUCGGCCAGGAUGAUUGUCUAAGACAUUGCUCGGAUGUGGUUGAUGGGUCAAGGGAGCGAUCUAGGGCCAUUUUGGCCCUCUUUUAUUGUUAUAUAAUUUUAGUUUUAGUAAUCUACUUUUUUAAUCAGCAUUUUUUAAAUCUGAACAUUAAUUUACAAUCUGUAAAACUACGCUUAUCAAAAUUUUUUAUGCAAAUUGAUAACGAGCACUUAUGUUGCCGUCCUGAUGAUAGCUUAGUUACGAAGACACUUUGAAAUAUAGAUUGUUUAUUGGCUGUUGUUUCUAUAACUUUACAAAGUUUAUUUGCAUUGUAAUCUCUCUUGCUACUAAAAGGCGUUUGGGGCUUUACUAUAUUUUAUUAUAUCGCUCCAUUUUUCCAAGCUCUGAACAACAAAGAAAAUGGCGUAAAUUUAUUCAAAAGCUUAUAAGACUUACCUGUCCUUGAUGACAUAUUUUUCAAGUUUAAAGUUAAUACCUUUCACGGUUUUCGAGAAAAUGGGCAAAUACUCUAACUCAAAAAGGAGAGUAAUUAAGCAAAAAUGCCUUUCAGGAUUAUCUGUUACUUAGAAAUACAUUUCAAAUUUCAAAUUGAGCAAGUAUCUUAAGCUUUGAUUGAAAAUCUUUGACGUUUUUUUGGAAACUUCACCUUUACAAAAAUUAACUAAGAAAUCAAAGCAAAAUGGGAUCAUAACUAAUUAAGACAUUUAUUACUUUAUCUGUUAUUAAAAUUUGCAUAUCAAUUUUAAAGUUGAACAAUUAUUUUCCAGAUGUUUUGGAGACAAAGAAAUUCAAUAAACAUAUGGGCAUAACUUUGCAAAACUAAAUUUAAAGACUACCUGCCCUUUUGAAAUAAUGUCAGAUUUGGAUAGUUAACAUAUUUUUCAAAUCUGAAGUGAACAACUUUAAAGAAUUACAACUAUUCUCAAAUUUUUAUGUUAGUGAAUAUUGAUAAUUGCUACAAAGACUCUUUGUAAAUGGGGAAAAACAUGUUUUGUCUUCACAUGAAGUAGAUAUGUAUUUUAAAAACUCUACGACACUAUAGUUGGUCACAAUGUGAAAAUAUAGUGUCAUUAUAAUAAAUAGCAGGUUUUUGUUAAUAAAGGACCAACUUAACUUGACCUGUAAUACGGAACAGUCCCGAAACAUAGUAUAUUCAUUCUUUAAUUCAAAUUACUAGUAGGCAUAUUGACUGAUAAUUUUAUAGAUUUUAAUAAAUUUCCGUGAUUAAAAUACUUAACUGAAUGAUGAGUACAUUAUAAAAAUAUUUUUGAAAUUCUGAGAAAAUGGGCAUUAACAUGCAGUAUAAAAGCACUAUUUGAUAAGGGGGGCAUAACUUUGCAUUUGAUAUUUUAAGUAAUAUUUUUCCCUUUUAAGACGUUCUUUUAUGACAUUAAAAAUUUAUACUAAGUAAGAAUUGAAUACCUUUUACAUUUUCUUGAAAAAAACGGAUCUAAAUGAAAGUUGAAAUCAAGGGCGGUGCCAACGAAGGGUCUUGGCAAUAGCUCAACUUUAUUAUUCGAAAAGUGGAGCUGAAUCUAAAAGUGUGUAGCAAUGUACUGAAUAUCAUAUUUUUUGUUACAAAACUACGACCUAAUUUCCAAAACAGUUUGUUCCAACAGGCAUUUUACUUUCGUUGAAUCAUAAAAGGAAAAAGAAAAACCCUUGCUAGAACAGUGGCAAACGUAGUCACUGAAAAUGAUUAGGACUUAAAUAAUGUCCCCUAGGCUUAAGAUUCUUUUCAGGCAAAACAUAUUAGAAUUGGUAUUUAAUAACUUUGAUUGAUACUUUGCAAUACAUUUUUGUGUUUUUCUGUGUGCAAAUGUUUUUAUAGUUUGAAAGCAAAAUGUAUUGGACAAAACAUACAAAUUGAAGGGUACGACUCACCCUGAUGAAGUAUAGUGCGGUUUUUUUUUGUUUGGUUCUUUUUCAUUAUUUAUUGGUUUUUUUUAUAUGUUUUUUAUAUAUUUAUUGUUUAAACAAAAAAAAGGAUUUAUUGUAAUAAGGAUGUACGUACGCUAACAAUAAAACAAUGAUCCUAC